AUGCUAGGAUCUUGUGAUGGUAGCGCAAUUAAAUUAUUAGAAUUUUUGGAACAUAUGAAUCUUCGCCAAUAUGUAACGAAACCAACUCAUUUUACUGAUCAUUCGAAGACUUUACUUGACGUAAUAUGCAGCAGCAGUAGGGUUAUGAACGUUAUAAUUGACUAUGUGCCAGAUCUUAGUAGCCAUGCCUUUAUUUCUUGUGAAUUGAAUGUAAGGAAACCUAAACCAGUGCCUCGAUGGAUAACCUACAGGCCUCUCGGUGAUAUUGACAUCGACGUUUUCAAUGAACAUGUAAACUGCAUACCAUGGGAACUAUUGAUGAAUGGCAAUAUUAAUGAGUCAGUCGUUGUUUUUAACAUGCUUAUUAGUGCCUUAUUUGAUAUUCAUGCGCCUGUAAAGACAUUGUAUUUAAAGGACCGGAGUUACCCAUGGAUAACACAAACUAUUAAAGAUAUGAUGAGAUUGAGAGAUAAAGCUCAAAAAGUCAUCGUACGAAAUUGGAGGUCGAUAAAGAGUACUAUAAACAACUUAAAAGUUUAG